UACCAAUCAUCCGCUGGCACACACCCCGAGGCAAAAACCUAUUUUUUUUUUCUCUCUCUAGAAAACGCCAUUUUUCUCGAUCGUCGUCACCUUGCAAUCAAUCCUUCCUCCAUACCGUUCGGAUUGAAUGAGAUUUGUCGCCAUUGAUUGAUUGAACAGUUUCUGCCAUGUAUAUAACGAGUGGCACCUCCGCCCUACUCAGAAGAGCUUCUCACUCCUCAUCUUCUUCGCGCACUGGCAAAAGAGUAUUCUCUUCUCUCUCUAAAAAGCCGGCUUCGCCUUCCCCUAGUAGUAAUUCGUCGCACUCUGUUGGGAGCCAGCAGACCCGAUCUCUGAGUUAUUUGUCGGCGGCGCGUUGGAGCCACGGCGUUGACUGGAAAUCGCCUGCCAGUUUAGCGUCGCAGAUCAGAAUCUCAUCUGCUUUCUCUGAUACUCUGCUGCACCGCAAGAUCGCUACUAUGGCUUCUGAAAAUGCCUUCAAGGGAAUUUUCACCAGUCUUCCCAAGCCUGGCGGUGGUGAAUUUGGAAAGUUCUACAGUCUCCCUGCUCUAAAUGAUCCGAGGAUAGAUAAGCUGCCAUACUCUAUUAGAAUCCUUCUUGAAUCUGCUAUACGUAAUUGUGAUGGCUUCCAAGUGACUAAGGCUGAUGUUGAGAAAAUUAUUGACUGGGAAAAGACUUCACCAAAUCAGGUUGAGAUUCCCUUCAAGCCUGCCCGUGUACUUCUCCAGGAUUUUACUGGUGUACCUGUUGUUGUUGACCUGGCUUGCAUGCGUAAUGCUAUGAACAAGCUCGGCGGUGAUUCUGACAAGAUCAACCCAUUGGUUCCAGUAGAUCUGGUUAUUGAUCAUUCGGUUCAAGUUGACAUUGCAAGAACAGAAGAUGCUGUUCAAGAAAACCAGAAGCUUGAAUUCGAGAGAAACAAGGAGAGAUUUGCUUUCCUUAAGUGGGGAUCAAAUGCUUUCCAAAACAUGCUUGUUGUUCCACCAGGCUCGGGUAUAGUGCACCAGGUUAAUCUUGAAUAUCUUGCUCGGGUUGUCUUCAACAACGAAGGCUUGCUCUAUCCGGAUAGUGUGGUUGGGACUGAUUCCCACACCACCAUGAUUGAUGGGCUUGGAGUUGCUGGUUGGGGAGUUGGAGGUAUUGAAGCUGAAGCAGCAAUGCUUGGUCAGCCAAUGAGCAUGGUGUUGCCGGGAGUUGUUGGGUUCAAGUUAUCCGGGAAAUUACCUGACGGUGUCACUGCUACUGACUUGGUUUUAACUGUCACGCAAAUACUAAGGAAGCACGGAGUUGUUGGAAAAUUUGUCGAAUUUUAUGGUGCUGGUGUCGGUGAAAUCUCAUUAGCUGACAGAGCCACCAUAGCAAACAUGUCUCCAGAGUAUGGUGCCACUAUGGGAUUUUUCCCUGUCGAUAAAGUCACCUUACAAUAUCUGAAAUUAACAGGCAGAAGUGACGAGACUGUGUCGAUGAUAGAAGCUUAUCUGCGUGCAAACAAUAUGUUUGUGGACUACAGCGAGCCUCAACAAGAAAGAGUGUACUCAUCUUAUUUGCACCUAGACCUGGGAGAUGUUGUACCGUGUGUUUCUGGACCAAAGAGGCCUCAUGAUCGUGUCCCUUUGAAAGACAUGAAAGCUGAUUGGCAUUCUUGCCUUGACAGUAAAGUUGGAUUCAAGGGCUUUGCUGUGCCAAAGGAAACACAAGAAAAAGUAGUGAAGUUUUUAUUCAAGGGAGAAGAACCUGCAGAGCUUAAGCACGGCAGUGUUGUAAUUGCUGCUAUCACGAGUUGUACAAAUACAUCAAACCCCAGUGUUAUGCUUGGUGCAGGCCUUGUUGCCAAAAAGGCUUGUGAGCUUGGUCUAAAGGUAAAACCAUGGGUGAAGACAAGUCUUGCUCCAGGCUCUGGAGUUGCUACAAAAUAUUUGCAGGAGAGUGGGCUACAGAAAUACUUAAAUGAGCAAGGCUUCAAUAUUGUGGGGUAUGGCUGUACUACUUGCAUUGGGAAUUCCGGUGACUUGGAAAAAACGGUCGGUGAUGCUAUCACAGAAAAUGACAUUGUGGCAGCUGCUGUACUUUCUGGAAAUCGUAACUUUGAGGGUCGGGUUCAUCCAUUGACAAGAGCAAACUAUCUUGCAUCGCCUCCUCUAGUUGUUGCGUAUGCCAUUGCUGGCACGGUUAAUAUCGACUUUGACAAAGAGCCAAUUGGUGUAAGCAAGGACGGUAAAGAUGUGUAUUUUAGGGAUAUAUGGCCAUCAAAUGAAGAAGUAGCUGAGGUGGUUCAAAACAAUGUAUUACCCGAGAUGUUCAAGAGCACAUACAAGGCUAUCACCACAGGCAACCCUGUGUGGAAUGAGUUAGCAGUUGCAGCUGAAAAGCUAUACUCGUGGGACCCAACUUCAACCUACAUCCAUGAGCCCCCAUACUUCGAGGGCAUGACCAUGGAUCCCCCGGGCCCACAUGGAGUGAAGGAUGCCUACUGCUUGCUCAACUUUGGCAACUCUAUAACGACCGAUCAUAUCUCGCCAGCUGGCAGCAUCAACAAGGACAGUCCUGCUGCCAAGUAUCUCAUGGAGCGUGGAGUUAAUAGCAGGCAAUUCAACUCCUAUGGUAGUCGACGUGGCAAUGAUGAGAUAAUGGCGAGAGGAACUUUUGCAAAUAUUCGUAUUCUGAACAAGUUGUUGAAUGGUGAAGUGGGCCCCAAGACUAUUCACAUUCCUUCUGGAGAGAAACUUACCGUAUUUGAUGCUGCAAUGAAAUACAAAUCUGCUGGACAAGACACUAUUAUUUUGGCUGGAGAUGAGUAUGGAAGUGGAAGCUCCAGAGAUUGGGCUGCCAAGGGUCCUAUGUUGUUGGGUGUUAAAGCAGUGAUUGCGAAAAGCUUUGAAAGGAUCCAUCGAAGUAAUCUUGUAGGGAUGGGAAUUGUUCCUCUGUGUUUCAAGUCCGGUGAGGAUGCAGACACAUUAGGAUUGACUGGCCAUGAACGCUACACUAUUGAUCUUCCAAGCAGUGUAUCUGAUAUACGCCCUGGACAAGAUAUUACCGUCAAAACCGACACUGGAAAACAGUUCACAUGCACUGUUCGCUUCGACACUGAGGUUGAGCUUGCUUACUUCAACCAUGGCGGUAUUCUCCAAUACGUUAUUCGACAGCUGGCUGCUAAGCAGUAAUUGACCAUGCUCAUCAGCUAUCGACCGGAGUUCUUUUUUUAUUUUUACAUAAAAUGUGAGAAUAAACAAUUUAUUAUUUACGUCCCGUUUGAUGGGACGGAGAUUUACGGCUUCCUUUAUCGGGGAGGGAAAGCAAUUCCUCGAGGCAUGAAAUAGUAUUUUCCUUAAUUUUAAUUUUUUUGGUAAUAAAAAUUAAGCCUUUGUUGGAUAGAUGAUGAUAUUCAGACAGUGAUGAAGUACUUGUGUUAGAUCGUCUUGUCUGGUUUCAAUGUUAAUGGGGUGCCACUUCAAUUAUUUUGUUGGCACCAUUUAAGAGUGAACAAUGGAUCUUUCUGCUGGAAGGAUACGCAUUCAAUUUUUAUGUUCCUACCCUUUUUUUUU